UCACUCUUCCCACCUGCUUACGAUAUCAUUCGCUGCAAUAACACAAAGUGGAACAAUUCUUGGGAUUUGAUGCUACAUGUCCCAGCCAGCAAAGUGAGGCGCUUACUCAGUCUUGACUGCCAGCAUGGCCAAGAAUAUCAUCGUCCAGCCAUCUCCACUCGGGGGACGCGGAGUAUUCGCCAGCAAAUCCUUCAGCCCUGGUGAAGAGCUCUUUACGGUAUCUCGACCUCUAUUGUCAUCGCUUGAUGGCAUACGACUUCACGAUACGUGCGUGAAUUGCCUAAAAUGGGAUGGCGAUGCGACUAUUGGCGUUCAAGAGACUCCUUUAGAGUCUACUCUGAAGGCUUGCAGCGGGUGCAAAAUAUUCAAGUAUUGCCGCAAGGAGUGUCAAAGAGAGCACUGGAGACUUAUCCACAAGGUUCAAUGUCCUUUCAUCAGCAAACAAAAGAGAUAUCAAGAUUAUCCUGCCUCUGUGCGGGGCACGAUGGACCUGCUCCUCAUGAUUCCCAAUCUUCAACUCCCGCAGAAACAAGCAAUCGGAGAGCUCCUCUCACAUAUUGAGGAGCGAAGCAAAGGGGGUGAAUGGGAGACGACCCAAGUCCUUGCCGUAGCGGCUUGCAAAUUCGCUAAACGGCCAGACAACGACGCGGCCUUUGCUCUAUCAUUAUACUGCAAGGUCAUGACAAAUGCCAUCACCUUGGUUGGCAAAACUCUCGAUCCACUGGGACUUUGCGUGGAUCUUUUUGUAUCCUGUAUCAACCAUUCCUGCGAUCCGAACGUAUUCUUUGUCAUGGAUGGCCAGGCACUCUCCGCACGCUGCCUCAAGAAGAUACAGGAAGGUGAUGAAUUAUCUAUUUCAUAUGUGGAGCCCACCAAUCCGACGAUGAUCAGACGUAAGGAGUUGAAAGAGAAAUUCUUCUUCGACUGCAAGUGCCCAAAGUGUCUGAACGAAGGAAAUACUCCCGAGGAUCGAUUCCAAGGCGACAGCUCGACGGAUGGGCCAGCGAAGAGGGUACAAGACGAGGCCUUCAACACCCUGUUUUCUGUGAGACGUGGAAAGGUUCUUCCGGAAAAGAUCAUUUCGGAACUGAAGAGGGCACUCGAUCUCUGCCAACGAAGCGGUUUCUUCUCAAUCGAGCGGCAGCCAAUACCUUCCAUCUGCAGCGAUCUCUACGUUGAACUCAUGAUGCAAGAUCGUCACGACGAGUCAUUUGAGCACGUAUUCAAAAUCUAUACCGAAACCGAUCCGAAAUGGUAUCCGAAUUUUCAUCCGGCACGUCUUGCCCAUACCUAUGUCCUAGCACGGUUGAUGAAGUACUUCUGCUUCCAGCCUGGCCGCGAACCACAGGAACUAAGAGGCCAUGACCUGCAUCUGGUAUAUUACGGCCUCCUCCUUGAGAUCGAGAGCAACCUCAACAAAAGCCACGGCCCGACUCAUUCGUUCGCGAAAGGAGUGCGGGCGGAAAUUAACAUGCUUCGGGAAGAACUACAGCGCGAUGCAAUAGUCUCGAUACAUCGCGAGCUACCAUCCAUCAUGACAGCGUUUCGUGGGCUGAAGAAGCAAAUCACAAGGUGACGAGACGCAACAACCAUUUCUGAAGCUAGAGUCUUUCGCAGCCUAGGAAAUGAUGAGAUGCAUGAUGGGUGAGCAAAUAGCAGACCGCCAGCGCAGAGCGUCGCAUGAAAACGCAGUCGGAGCUAGAUUUUGCUAUGUGUAUGGCAAUUCGUUUACGGAGUACGGUAUUCUGAUAUCCGAAAAGUGUCAGUCCGUCUUCUGUUACUUCGUAGUAGUACAUAGUACUGAGUAAGAAGAGCUGC